UUAGCCUGCCAUUAGACCCAAUACAUAAAUACUGAUAAAGGUGCAAUGAAUGGAGCCUGUGUUUGCUCUCCUACACAUGGUAAUGGCCAUUAUUAAUUUUUCUAGAGCUAAUGAAACUGCUUGUAACCUGCGCGGAGAGCCUGUUUAUCCACAACUAUCGAAAGAUGGUGAUAUCAUAGUUGGAGGGAUUUUUCCCUUCCAUAGCAGUUGGGAAAUCAGAGACUUAUCCUAUGUGGCAGCGCCGCCUCCAUUGAAGUGCAUGAGUCUUGAUUUCAGAGCUUUUCAGUAUUCACAGUCCUUGAUCUUUGCAAUAGAGGAGAUCAACAACAGCUCCUCUUUACUGCCUGGAGUAUCACUGGGCUACAAGAUCUAUGACACCUGCAGUUCUAUGGCAAGGGGGGUUAAAGUGGCCAUGGCACUUAUCAAUGGAAAUGACAACAUGCCUCAAGGAGGGGUCUGCACAAAGCCAGAUCAGGUCCAAGCUAUAAUAGGGGACACAGCCUCUUCACCUUGCAUGGCUAUCGCCAAGAGUAUUGGGCCUUUUAGCUUUCCUAUUAUCAGCCACUAUGCCACCUGUGAGUGUCUCAGUGACAAAAAGAAAUAUCCCUCAUUUCUGCGCACUAUUCCCAGUGACUACCAUCAGAGCAGAGCACUGGCAGAGAUGGUGAAGCACUUUGGCUGGACUUGGGUUGGCGCGCUGAGAACUGACGAUGAUUAUGGCAACAGCGGCAUGGCCACGUUCACCAAAGUUGCAGAGCAAUUGGGUGUCUGCUUAGAAUAUUCUCUUCCAUUUUUUAGAACCUACUCACAAGAGAAAAUACUGAGAAUUGCAGAACAGAUCAAAAGCUCCACUUCUCGAGUGAUUGUGGCUUUUCUCGCUCAUUGGGACUUGGAGAUUUUGCUGCAUGUGUUUUUUGAGCACAAUAUCACUGGCUAUCAGUGGGUGGGAACUGAAGGCUGGAUUUCUGAUUCCACUGUAGCCGCACUGGAUAAGCACAACAUACUGCAAGGAGCUAUAGGCCUAGCCAUCCCCAAAACAAAAGUGACAGGUUUGAAAGACUUCAUUCUAGAUAUAAACCCACUGAAAUCAGCAGGGAGUGCCAUAUUUACUAAAUUCUGGGAGGCAAUGUUUCAGUGUAAAUAUGAUGUGCAGAAAAACACAGUGGACACACCAGUGUGCACAGGCAAAGAGAAACUGUCUGAAGUGGAAAACACAUUCACUGACAUGUCACUGCUACCCAUUUUCAGUAAUGUGUAUAAAGGAGUUUAUGCUGUUGCUCACACCCUACAUGACCUUCUUGGCUGCACUCAAACAUGCCCCACAAAGAAGCAGCCAGAUCCUCUCACUUUUCUAGAACAUCUCAAAAGGGUGCGUUUCAAAACCAAAGAAGGUGAAGAAGUGUUUUUUGAUGAAAAUGGUGAUCCUGCUGCAAAAUACGAGAUCAUAAACUGGCAGACAACUAAAGAACACCAGCAUGAGUUUUUCACUGUUGGACUUUAUGACUCCUCUUUUCCUCCUCAUGAUCGAUUAGCCGUAAACAUGGCCACAAUUAGGUGGGCCCAAAAUAGAGAUCAGGUGCCAGUGUCAGUGUGCAGUGAGAGCUGUUCUCCAGGCACCAGGAAAGCUGUACAGAAAGGGAAGCCGAUCUGCUGCUUUGACUGCAUACAAUGUGCAGAAGGAGAAAUCAGUAAUAUAACAGAUUCUGUUACAUGUGAACAAUGCACACAAGACUACUGGUCAAAUCCAUACAGAGAUAAAUGUGUAAAGAAGGAGAUUGAAUAUCUUUCUUACAAUGAGAUCAUGGGAAUACUGCUGACAACUAUUUCUAUUAUUGGUGCAUUUAUGACUGUAAUAAUAGCAAUUAUAUUCUUCAGAUAUAAAGACACACCAAUAGUCAAAGCGAACAACUCAGAGCUGAGCUUUCUGCUGCUCUUCUCACUGGCCUUAUGUUUCCUCUGUUCACUUACUUUCAUUGGUCAGCCCUCUGAUUGGUCCUGUAUGUUGCGUCACACAGCUUUUGGAAUAAUCUUCGUCCUCUGCAUCUCCUGUGUUCUGGGGAAAACAAUAGUGGUGUUAAUGGCCUUCAGAGCUACACUUCCAGGAAGUAAUGUCAUGAAGUGGUUCGGGCCCCCACAGCAGAGACUCAGUGUUCUUGGCUUCACUCUCAUACAAGUCCUUAUCUGUAUACUUUGGUUAACAAUAUCCCCUCCAUUCCCUUUCAAAAAUCUAAAGCACUACAAAGAGAAGAUCAUUCUUGAAUGUCACCUAGGUUCUGCUAUAGGUUUCUGGGCUGUGCUGGGUUAUAUUGGACUUUUGGCUCUUUUGUGUUUUGUUUUAGCUUUUCUGGCUCGUAAGCUGCCUGAUAACUUUAAUGAAGCCAAAUUUAUCACAUUCAGCAUGCUCAUAUUCUGUGCAGUCUGGAUCACAUUUAUCCCAGCUUAUGUCAGCUCUCCUGGAAAGUUCACUGUCGCUGUGGAGAUAUUUGCUAUUUUGGCCUCAAGUUUUGCUUUACUAUUCUGCAUCUUUCUACCUAAAUGUUACGUCAUUUUACUAAAGCCAGAGAAGAAUUCUAAGAAGCACAUGAUGGGAAAGAUUCCUUCUAAAACCUAAUAGGAUGAUGUUCAUACCUAAAUUUCCAAAUGUUGUAUGUUCUUGUGAAUUACUUUUUUUCAAGCACUGAAUCAUUAAAGUGUUAACUCACCACCAGAGACUGUAUGUCUUUUUGUUAUUUAUCAAUUGUUCCAGAA